CUAACAGCAAUCGAUUCGAGUGGAGACACGCGCGAGCGCGCACCAGCCGCAACGCCCUCCAUCGGAGCCUCGAGAGGCGACCGACGGGGUCCGUCGCACUUGAUCGCCGGCCGGCCGGUCCCGUCACGCGCACCAUCCGAUAGCCACCGUGCAACCACACGCGCUGACUUCCCACCGUGUGAUCGCGAUCGCGUCCUGCGCGUAGUACAUACCACUCGAUCGCGGCGCACCAUCAUCCUCCCGCGUCGAUCAUCGUCUCAGCCUUUCUGCAAUCGUCUCCGAUCGGAUCCCCGGCAGCCGUGUUUCUUUGAUGUGGAGGGAGCGGCAGCGGCUGCGGCCACCGCCGCCGCUUCUAGUGGCGGCUGCGGCCCUGGUGGUGGUCAGCGCGCUCGCGAGCGCGCCGGAGGCCGCGCUGCAGGUCGGAUUCUACCACGAGACGUGCCCGAUCGCGGAGGACGUCGUCCUCGCGGAGAUGAGGCUCAUCCUCAUGGAGGACGCCACGGUCGCGCCGGCCCUGCUCCGGAUGCACUACCACGACUGCUUCGUGCAGGGCUGCGACGGAUCGAUCAUGCUCCGGUCGAGGAAGAAGGGGAACAAGACGGAGCGGGACGCGCUCCCCAACCGCAGCAUGCGAGGGUACGACGCCAUCGAGCGGAUCAAGGCCCGGCUCGAGGCCGUCUGCCCGCUCACCGUCUCCUGCGCCGACAUCAUCGCCAUGGCCGCCAGGGACGCCGUCUACCUGAGCCACGGGCCGUGGUACGACGUGGAGACCGGGCGGCGCGACGGCAACCUCACCGUGGCGGAGUACGUCGAGAACGACCUGCCGCCGCCGGACUCCAACAUCGUCGACGUCAAGACCUUCUUCAGCGUCAAGUCGCUCAACUCCAAGGACAUCGCCGUCCUCUUCGGGUGCCACAGCAUCGGGACCUCCCACUGCGGCCCGAUCCAGAAGCGGCUCUACAACUUCACCGGCAGCAUGGACCAGGACCCGUCGCUGAACCCGGACUACGCUGCCGAGCUCAAGAAGCUCUGCCCGCCGCCCCGUCCCGGCGUCGACGACGACGGCGGCGAAGGGAAGACCAAGGUGCCCCUGGACCCCGGCAGCAACUACACCUUCGACCUGAGCUACUACCGGCACGUGCUCGCCACAGGCGGGUUGUUCCAGUCCGACGGCAGCCUCCUCCACGACCCCGUCACCAGGGGGUACGUCGAGAAGGUGGCCAAGGCGAAGUCGCCGGACGAGUACUACGCCGACUUCGCCGCGGCGAUGGUCAAGAUGGGCCGCACCGACGUGCUCGUCGGCGACCUCGGGGAGAUCAGGCCGACCUGCGGCAUUUUUGUUGACUAGGUUCAGGAUUGGAUUGCACAUAUAUGCAGUUAAUCUGUACGGUUUUCUGUCAGUAUCCACUACUAGUCUACUAUGCUGCUGUUAGCUCCACUAGUAAGCCGAGAAUUCUGUUCUGUUCACAUGGCUGUCACUGACGAUUUGUCAGCCAUGAGCUAGUAGUUAUUACUACUUAUCCAUACUCUACUCUUCAGAGCGUUGAUGGUUUGACGAACACAUACAGACCGGUCUGGUCAACCACAAUUUGGUCACCAAAUCUUGCCAGACCAGAGAGUGUUCCACAAAAAUAAAAGUUCUUGCUAGA